GGGUGGCACUUCAGCCAGCCAACACUGGAUUUAAUCCAGCUAGAAGUAGCAAAGCAGCUUUGAAAAACCACUGGGCUCUGAGUUCAUUACUACAGGAAAACUGUUUUCUCCUGAGGCACAGAGAAACUUGCUCCUACCGGCUCAGGAGUUUGGUGGAAUAAAACCCAUCCUGGAGGACCAUGGCUACCUAUGCCCUGCAAAUCGCUGGACUGGUGCUUGGUGGUGUUGGCAUGGUGGGCACGCUGGCUGUCACCAUCAUGCCUCAGUGGAGAGUGUCUGCCUUCAUCGGAAGCAACAUUGUGGUUUUUGAAAACUUCUGGGAAGGACUGUGGAUGAAUUGCGUGAGGCAAGCUAACAUCAGGAUGCAAUGCAAAGUCUAUGAUUCCCUGUUGGCUCUCUCUCCAGACCUACAGGCAUCCAGAGGGCUGAUGUGUGCUGCCUCUGUGCUGUCCUUCCUGGCUUUCAUGACCGCUGUCCUGGGCAUGAAAUGCACCAGGUGCACUGGGGACGACGAGAAAGUGAAAGGUCACAUCUUGCUAACGGCUGGGAUCAUCUUCAUCGUCACAGGCGUCCUGGUGCUCAUCCCAGUGAGCUGGGUUGCCAAUUCCAUCAUCAGAGAGUUCUACAACCCGAUAGUGGAGACUGCCCAAAAGCACGAGCUUGGAGAUGCUCUCUACAUAGGCUGGACCACGGCGCUGGUGCUGAUCGCUGGAGGGGCACUGUUCUGCUGUGUUUCCUGUUACAGUGAAAAGAGCCGAAGCUACAGAUACUCCGUCCCUUCCCAUCGCACAACCCAGAAAAGCCACCACAUGGAAAAGAAGUCACCGAGUGUGUACUCCAGGAGUCAGUAUGUGUAGUUGGGUCUAGUUUCUAACUUUACCGAUAAAGCCAGCAAAUGGCUGAAAUGCCUACUGUUUUCUAAAAAUGGAACCCAAAGGAACAUUGAUUUGCCAUUCUUAACUGCCUAACAUUAAUUACAGGAACUGAGCAUUGGGUAUUUAUGAUUCUAUAAGCUAUUUCAGCAGAAUGAGAUAUUACACACAGUGCUUUGAUUGUUCUAGGAAGUGCAGUAAUAUGUUUUCUAAAAUGAUUCAUGCAUCUUUUCCUUUCACCAGUUACUUCAAAAUGACAUUGUUAAAGACUGUAUUAUUUUACAGCUGUGAUUUCUCUAUGACACAGCAUUAUGUAUGUAGAUCAGCAUGAUGUUUAUAUCUCACAUAAAUAGAGACAGGCUUACAGGGUUCUAUUUUAAAUGAAAUACUGAUUCAAUACACUGAAUAAAUAAAAUCCAACUAUUGCUUUUCAGGGGAGUCGGGGAUAAGAUUGAAGAACGUUAACAUUAAUUGUGUAAAAACAGCUUAGUGAUUAACGUGAUCGAUUUAUAAUGAAGGUUAAAAUGAAGGCUUUAAUCAGCAGCGUAAAGGAAACUAAAUGGCUUUCUGAUAUCUUGUUUUUCAACCUAGAAGUUAUAAAUCCUAACUCCUUUAUCCUCUUUCCUCAGAGGCAUUUCUUUUCUUGUAUAUUAAAUAAACGUCUUUUAAAAGGCAGAUAUUUGUCAAGGGGCUUUGCAUUCAAACUGCUUUUCCAGGGCUAUACUGAGAAGAAAGAUAAAACCAUAGUCUAAGAAACAUUAAAGACUUCAGGAAAGUGAAUUUUUUUUUCCUCUGAAGUUUUUAUGGUCAGGGAAGGAUGCAUUUUGACAAGAAAUCAUGUAUGUACGUGAAUAUUUUCAUCUAUUUGAAUAUAGACUUUGGGUUUUUAUUUUAAUAUAAAUAACAGAUAGGACAAUAAUAUGUCUUAGUUUUUAGUUGCUUACCAAAAAACAAAAACAAUUUAUUCUUUGUAUACUCUUUCUGCUCCUAAGAUAUCUGUAGAUACUGAGUUCAAAUUGUCAUUUCAAUCCCUUCAAAAGUAAAUAUUUUACUUAUUCCAUUUUUUAUUCAUUCUUACUAAGGUAUAGAGAAAUACUAUAUCUUUGUGUUUCCCCCAAAUUUGAUGCAACUGAUAAUUCACUUUGAAAGUUUGUAUCCAUAUUUUUCUAGCUUAAAUGACUAUAUAUAUGAAUGUGCUUUAUGUCCUUUAUAUUAAUAAAUUGUGCCUU